CAAAAGAGCACAAAGAAUAGGGGAUAAAGUUAUUUUGUUUUAGAGAGAGAAAAUCUUCUGGUGAGAGAAACAUAAAGGGAGUGAAAAAUGGAUGGUAGAGGAGGGUGUUGCAUAGCGAGAUACGCCGGCGGUACGUACAACAGGUCAAAAGUGGACCGGAUAAUGCUUAGAUUUCGGCCUAUCGCACCUAAACCGGCCACCGGAUCAGUUUCUAAUGGCCAAGGCCCGGAUCAAACCGAGAUCUCGCCGAGGUCUGGGAGAGGGAAGAGAAGAUACAGCACUAACUCCAACCAGAGCACAAAAGGCGGCAGUAGAAAGAGAAAGUCCUCUUCGAGCCAAGAAAAAAUGGAUGUAAUCGUUACUCUGCCUCUGUUACCGGAGAAUCCAGAACGGAAAGACUCGCCAGCUAGGGUUUCGACGGUGGAGGUUCUUUCACCGGCGCAAGCGCAUGGAGCCGCACCUGCUUGGCUUAGUUUUGACAAAAGCAUGGAGAAUAAUGAUCAGAUAGUGGUUUUAGAUCCAACGGUUGCGAUGAUGCCUCAGGGGGUUGGGGUGGUGGGAUCCUAUGUUACGGUUGAGUGUGUGACGGACACGUGGGUGGACGGCAAUGGCAUGGGGAGUACAGAUGAGGAGCGAGUGAAUAAUCUGUGGAAAGAAACGUGUCCAGGGUUUAUAUCAGACGGUAGCGGUAGAGUGAUGUGUACAAAUGGAGCGUUUGAGGAUAUGGUGGGAGCAGGGGAUGUACCAGUGGUGUUGGUAUUGAAAGAGAAGGCGUCGGCGAUGAUGACGAUGAUGUGGAAGGCGUUCACUUGCAGAGUGAGGCUGCAGUACACGCGCGGGACGGAGAAGAUCUCGCUCAUGUCGCCUUGCGAUGCGUGGAGAAUGGACGGAGGUGGGUUUGCAUGGAGACUUGACGUCAAGGCUGCUCUCUGUUUGGGCCGUUGAAGAAUAUCAUCCCAUCAUUCUCCUGGAGUUUCCACGUACGUUAUCGAGAUCAAAAGAUAUUAACUUUACUUUGCAUGAUCACUUGAUAAGAAAGGAUUGGGAAUAUUUUUUGGUUUAUCGUUAGAUAUUAUGUUUGCUUUUACUGUUGUUUUCUCGAUCGGUGGUGGUUUGUGUUAUAAGAUCUGUUGAUUAAGAUCCGAUUAUGGACGAGAUAUUGAGGUUAAGUGUGUGUAGAUAAUUGUAAGUAAGACUCUUUCUUCUCCGUGGAUCUCAAUGCAUUAUUUCUUUUCAUA